ACAAUGUUAAUGAUCAGAACAUUUUUGUUAGAGCUUCUCCAUGUAAAAAUGUAUGCUGUCAACAAUCUCAUUAUUUCACUAAUACAUUUUACAGUAUGUAAACUGUAACCGAUUAAUAUAACUAUAUUAAAAAAUAUAUAUAGAUUAUUAAUGUAUUUCUAAAAAGAAGGGGGUACCAGUGUGUAAACUGACAUUUAAUUGAAUUGAAGAAUCGGAAAAAAAAAAAUCGGAAUCGACCCCUCCGUUCCUGUCCGCUCCCUCUCAGCCACGCGCAGCGCCUCCCUCCCUCCUUCCGUCUCCCCCCCCUCCAUCUCCGACCCUCCUCCCUACAACAAACAUGGCCGCGAAAUCUGAUGGAGCUCCCGUCUCUCUACGAAACGAAAACCCGCCUCAGAGCUCUCCCCGGUCGGAGCCGCGGCCUCCGCAGGACCGCGUGGCCGAGCAGCGCUACACCCUGCCGGACUGCUGCUGGACGCUGGGCGCCCUCCUGGUGUUCUUCUGGGACGGGGCCUCAGACCUGUGGCUGGCCGCCGACUACUACCUCCGGAGGGAGUACUGGUGCUUCGCGCUGACUCUGGUCUUUGUGAUCGUCCCGUCCGUGGUGGUGCAGGUCCUGAGCUUCCGAUGGUUCGCCUUCGACUUCUCGGAGAGCGUCAGCGGCACGGCGGCGGCCGCGGUGGUGGCCGCGUCGGGAGCGGAGGAGAGCAACUUCAGCACCAAGGACAGCGGCGGGGAGCGGGGCGCUGGCCGAGCGGUGGCGGCCGCCGUGCUGUCAGGGCCGGCCACCGGAGGAGGAGCCCGCAGCUGCUGCAGAGCCUUCAUGUGGGUCUUCCAGGCCGUCAUUCACAUCUUUCAGCUGGCUCAGGUCUGGAGGUACGUCCAUGCCCUGUAUUUGGGGGUGCAGAGCCGUUGGCACGGAGACCCGGAGCGCAGGCACUACUACUGGCGCAUGAUGUUUGAGAGUGCAGAUAUCAGCAUGCUGCGUCUGCUGGAGUCCUUCCUGAAGAGCGCUCCUCAGCUGGUGCUGCAGCUCAGCAUCAUGGUCCACACCAGUCAGGUGCUACCCCUCCAGGGACUUUCUGCUUCUGCCUCACUCAUAUCCCUCGCCUGGAUGAUCUCAUCUUAUCAAAAAGUCCUGAGGGACUCCCGAGACGAUAAGGUCCCCAUGACCUACAAAGCCGUGAUCGUUCAGAUUCUGUGGCACCUGUUCACCAUCGCGGCCCGCACGCUGGCCUUCGCCCUGUUUGCCUCCGUGUUCCAGCUCUACUUCGGCAUCUUCAUCGUGGCCCACUGGUGCAUCAUGACGUUUUGGAUCAUUCAAGGCGAGACGGACUUCUGCAUGUCGAAGUGGGAGGAGAUCAUCUACAACAUGAUGGUGGGCAUCAUCUACGUUUUCUGCUGGUUCAGCGUCAGGGAGGGGCGCACUCACUGCAGGCUGCUGAUCUACAGUGUGACGGUGUUCGUCGAGAACGUGGCCCUCACCACCAUCUGGUACUUGUACCGGGGCGGUACCGAUCGCCACGGCAACUCGGAUUUCUACGCCGUGAUGAUGGUGUGCGUGGUGGCCAGCAGCUACGCUCUGGGCACCUUCUUCAUGUUCGUGUAUUACUGUCUGCUGCACCCUGAUGGCUCCGUCUCAGGGUGGAGCUACACGGUGGAGAAGGAAGUGCCUGUGGAGCUGCUGGCCUCCCCGGCGUCCAGCCUCCCCCCGGAUCUGGUGAGCAGCCCCCCCAGAACCCUGCAGAGGACUAAAGGGUCAGACAGGGAGCAGGAUGGAGAUGUCUUUAAGGUCAGACCUCCCAGGGGGGCCAAACCCUCAGUUCCUAACCUCAAACCCAGGACAGAGGGGCCCGUCAUCCGAAUAGACUUACCCAGGAAGAGAUACCCGGCCUGGGACGCUCAUUUCAUCGACCGGCGUCUGCGUAAAACCAUUCUGGUGCUAGAGAAAGCUGCUCCAGUCACACCAAGGAUUCAGUACCGAUGUCUGGGCACACCCAAAGAAGUGAUGGAGUACGAAACCACGGUGUGACCGACUGAAAGCGGCGUGACUUGGUGCCACACGGAUAUCCCGCCAAAAAGAGAAAUGGCGGGAGAAGUGGUCUCGCAGAUCUGCUUUGUCCUGUCCGAUAAAAAGAGAUGUGGUCUCUUUAUUUUGCUGACACAGUGAGAGAAAAUAUGUGAAGUUGUGGUGCAUAUUUUGGUUUCUGUAUCAAUUCUCAGGUCAUGAUGUGGCACAAAUGGCAGUUGGAUGUACACUGGUCGUCUUGUGGUCUCAGAGGAGCACAAACAGGCAGAUAGAGGUGAAGAGGUUAUCAAUCAUGAGCAGGUGUGUGUGUAUGUGUGGGGGGGUCCUGUCCAGACAAACCUUCAAUGUUCGUUAUUAUUUAUGGCAGCUAGAGCGUCACGGAGUUGGUGUGGCAGUCAAAGAUGUCACCGCGCCGUAAUUUCAAAGCGUCCGCGAGAACACAAACGGGACGUUCUGCUCAGAAAACCUUUCCGCAGCUUUAUUUUGAAGGGGGCUUUGAAGGCGCUUCGACCUGAGGGGGCAGUUUAAAGCAACUUUUGAGUUGAAUGUACAAACUUUUAAGUUUGAUUGAGGUUUCUCGAGAAAUUUCAUGCUGUUUCUGGGAUUUAUGAAACUCUUGCCAUAUCUUUAAUUUGGUGUGUUUACAUUCAGUCUGUUUUUUUAGGGGUAUGGUUUUGUACUAUUUUAACAAAACAAAAAAAAGGAAAUCCCUCUUCUGGAAUGUUUAUGCACUUCUUUGUGUUUUCCAUCACAUUUAUGGAGUAUUUUGGACUUCAUAGUAUCAGAAUUUGACCACCUUAUGCAACAAAAGCAGCAGGAUUGCGUGUAAAUGAGUGUAAACUAUAAGGAGAGGGUUGCAGAUCCUCGUCUAAUGCAUUCCAACUGUCAAAUGAGGAAAAAUCUGCACAUUCCGAGACUAUUACCUAGAUAUUAUUGAUGGUACAGGGUUGAGGUGCUUUUUUAUUUUUUAUUAUUGUUAUUAUUAUUUUUGUUAUUUUAUUUUUAAAAGGGAGAUACAUUUGAAAAAAGUGGUAGAAUUGGUAAAAGAAGUCUUUUUUUAAUUUUAUAUAUAUUUUUUGCUUUAAUCAGUUUCCAAAAGAGGUUCUGAGCUGUCAUGAUAAUCAUUCUUACAUUUCAGAAUAAAAGUCAUUUUUAUUCAUUAAGUAUUUACAAGAGGAACAUUCUGAUUGGGUGUUGUCUUUGUUUAUGUCUGCUCACUUAUGGGUACAAAUUACAGUCCUGCUAUGUGCUUUUGACUGAAUUAGUUUCACCGAUUUGGCAUUUUUGUGUCUUGUUUUUGUCCAGAUUUGUGGCCAACAAAGCACACUUGCCAUUUCCAAAAAACAAAAGCCAGAAGAGGUUUUGUUAAUGGUGCCAACAGUUUGAGUCCACCCGGUACCAUAAAUGAGCGUGUUGUGGCGGGAAUCAAACAGUGCUGCACCUCAGACACAAAGCUGGAAUCAAAAAGCCUUAAGCUGGUCAAGCCAGACUGUUCAAAGGAAGAACAAACAUGAAGGUGAACACCGUCUUAUUAUGUUGUUGCUGAAAUAAAGAGCAAUGUGUUUCCCUGAAAUCUGUUGCCUGGAACAUAACUAAGCACACACCUGUACGAUACUUUUACUUUUGUUUCCAUUGUACUUUAAGGCAUUUCCCCUCACUGAUUUUUCUUUUUUUUUCUCAGAAGAUUAACUUGUUUAUUUACAUCUCCUUCAUUACUAUUUGAUGCUUAAAUAUCAUUUUUGAGGACAUGUUUUCCCCUCUAGUGUUCUAAUAAUUUGUUUUAAAUCAGUUUGACACUUAGCAGAAAGUACUCUAUUUAAUAGUACAACAAUAUACUUAUUCUCUAUACUAAAAGCAAGGAAAUAUACUUGGAAGUUUAUUUUUCAUAUACUAUAAACUCAGGCUGGGCAAUAAAACGAUAAUAACAUGUAUCGUGAUAGAACUUAUUCUCAAUAGAAAAAUGAGUCUAUCACGAUAGACUUUUAUUUUGAAGUUCUGAAAUGAACACUAGCCAGUUGUGAGCAUUUUCUCCUCUUUGGCGAGUAAAAGUUACAGGUUAGUGAAGUUAAUGUUUGCAUCUAACUAGUUGUGUUUAUCAGCUCUCCUUUUGGUAAAUUUCUGUUCCAGUCUCUUCCUCUAGUGUCUUUAAAUUUCAAUUUAGUCUACAACAUCUAUGCAUUUUAUUGGUAACAAAAAAAAAA